AUGACUGACAAAAAUAACUGUGCUCGUGUGAGCAAAAGAAAGCCGAUGGAUACCAAGAGGAUGAUCACUCGCCCACACGAGUGUUAUACAGCGAAUGGUGAGGACUACAGAGGUCGACAGAAUCAGACCAGUCUGCAAGAAGGAAGGCCCUGCCUUUUCUGGAAUGAAACUUUCGAACGUCCGUAUAACACCAACAAAUACCCCAAUGGAGAAGGAGGGCUUGGGCAACACAACUUCUGCAGGAACCCAGAUGGAGAUGUCCGUCCCUGGUGUUACAUUGCAGAUCUCGAGGACGGAUCCUACUGGAAAUACUGCGAUAUCCCCACCUGCCAAAUGCCGGGUAACCUGGGCUGUUUUAAGGACAGCGGUGAUCCGACACCUUUAUCUGGAAGCCACCAGACCUCCACCAAACUGACCAUUCAGACCUGCAUCACCUUCUGCCGCAACCAAAGAUAUAAGCUUGCCGGGAUGGAAUCGGGCUACGCUUGCUUCUGUGGCAAUGACCUUGAUUACCACCGUCACGGUGAUGCUCCGAACACAGAGUGUAACCAUGUGUGUUUUGGAGAUCACACUCAGCCAUGUGGAGGAGACGGACGCAUCAUCGUCUUCGACACAAAAGUAGGUGCUUGUGGAGGAAACUUCUCUUCGCCUACAGCAGUGAUCUACUCUCCUGACUUUCCAGACAAAUACAGACCUGGCAGAGUCUGCUAUUGGACCAUUCAGGUUCCAGGUUCUUCUGCCAUUCUGUUUGACUUUACUUUCUUCAGUAUCGUAGACCAAAAAGAUAUGGUGGAGCUGUUGGACGGUAAAACCAACCAGGUUGUGGCACGAUUUGACGGCCGCAAUCCCCCACAGGACAUCGUGAACAUCGCUACAGACUUCGUCAUUUUGUAUUUUUACUCCGACAGGACAAACGAGGCGCUGGGGUUUUCUGUUGUUUAUCAUGCUUUAAGAAAUCCAGCGUUCAGACCUGAAGAGAAUGACGAUGGUGAUGAAGAAAACACCAGUACAGUGCGGCCGAACUCAGGAAGCACCACAACAAAAUCAAACACCAGUCAGAGUGGAAAGUCUUCCCAUCUCUACUACGUGAUCACAUCGAGUCCUGCAAACAUGCCAGGUCAGUGGCAUGGACCGGGCCGGACCGCGGGCCACAACACCAUGUGGACCAUCUAUGCAUUAGCUGCCCUGCUAACGCUAACAGUCAUAGCCAUGGUUGCUAAGCUGCUCCUGCAUCUUACUGUAAAGUCCCCAUCCAUCCCGUCAAUAAGCGGGUCAGAAUCAUGCGCACAGAGCACUACAUCUGAACCCUGGAUCAUCCUCUACAGACCUUCCACCAUCUCUCUGUUUAAGAAGAAGCUCAAGAACCACCACGGAGACCUCAGCCCACUUGUGGGAAACUAACCUCAACGCCUCUGACCUCUAUGGCUGCUUUAGCCCCACAAAGGAUGUAUACACUGUACGCAAUGCUGGUCUUCUGCUGCUGGGCUAUAAGAAAGACAUCCAACCGAAAUGACCCGAGCAGGCCUCAGUUGAUCGAUUGUUGGGUAACUAAUGAAUAAACUGUGCAAAAAAAGAGCUUGAUUCCACUGGCUGAAGCGCUUACUCUCAAUUUGCAUCUCAACCAAUCACCAAUCAUGUGACAGGUGCACAUAUAAACCAAGAGAUUUGAUUAGCAAAGGAGUUCUGGGAUGUUUCCGUAGCUGCAUAUCAAAUUAAUGACCGUUUGGCAGAAAAAAAUGGAUAGUGGCUCAGCCGUUUCUGCAGGUGCUUUCACAGAAAUGAUCGACUGAUAAGCGUCUGCAUGAAAGAAAGCAGGAGACUCCCUGUGGAGCACACUCUGAAAGACAAAACCACUUACAUAACCAAAAUAAUGCCACGGUGCCCAAGCAAUCCCCUCUAGAGGAGAGAUACGAUUGUGUUUCAGACGCUCUUUAACCUCUAAUGUAGGUCACCUGUUGUUGAGGAGCACAGAACUCCUUUCUUCAGCUGGCUGAAUUGGUGGAGGAUUGAUGUCACAAUCAUGUCGAGAGCAAUUCAGACUCAAAGUGAACAACAAAAAAGUCUCUCUUGAGAGAGAGAGAUUCAGCAAGAUGGACUGCGGAGAACCAAAGCCUGAAAUUGCUACAAGUUGGGCAAUGUUCAAAACGAGCUAUGUUUGAGACAUCCCUGUGGACCUCGCUUUCGUCUCUCAUUGUUUGUGUUGGGUUUGAUCUUUCUGCAUUGCCUUUAAGUGCCUUCAGGAUUGAAAAAAAUACUAAAAAAACAAACAAAAAAAAUCUUGUGUGUCUUCUAAGCUGUCACAAUGUCUCAGUGAUGUAAACAAGCAUUAAUCCUUCACACCAUUGAAUUGCAAAUGAGAAUAAGCACCACCGAGGAAGUGUUUUUUCUUCUUCUUGGGGAUUCUUGAGAUGAAUCUAGUCUUGUGGGUGUCAUUGGGCCAUGUUAUUCUUGUCAGGUUUUUCGACUUGAGCAAGAGAAGCGUUGUGAUGAACAUUGUGUAAUUCUGUGUGGGAACAAUCAAACGCCAUCCCCUUUCAAUCCACUCCCCAACAGAGGCAGUGGUGAAAUUCUUCCAAAACAAUUUGCUCUUUCUCUCCGUUCACCGCAACUUAAGCUCUCACAUUCUGAAGCACAUUUCCAGCCAGUCGAAAACCAUACGGAUCACUGCACUGCUAGCUGCGAGGAUUGAGAACGUUUCUCAGAAGGAACUCUAGUUCUAGUUAAAGGAAUAGUUCAUCCAACAACUCAAAAA